AUGGGAUCUGGUGGUUCAUGGAUGCGGGAGAUUGGAGUGCGUCGAGGAAACGGUAUGUGUGGGUCGACGUCGACGUGGAUAAAUCCUAUCCAUUGUUGGGUCAUCGUAGACCGCCUCUUGGAGCGAAAACGCGACCAGAUCAGUGGAACGUUGACGGGCCGGGCCGUUCUCAUGAUCUCAAUACAGGUAGAAGCACCGAGAACAGCCUCUUCCAAUGAUCUUAAUGUCCAUAAGUGCAAGCAGCUGGACGAGGAGGACGACGGCGUCCUCGAAUUAUCCGCGUUUGGUGUGACGGCCUCCAACUUUUACGCCAACAACCAAGCAUCUCCAUCGGUGAUGUACGCACCCAAGAAAACAAGUUCGAGUCCGGAAUUGUUUAUAUCAGCUAGACACAGUGUUCGACUCCCAGACCACUCCGGAGUAUUCAUGAAGCUUCUUCUUAGGGUUCGGUUCAAUGAAGUGUGGUUUUCUGGGAUUGCCUCUUUGUAUGAAAACGCUUACGGUAGGAUGUCACUCAGCUACUAUUGGGGAAUGGCGAGCAUCACAUCUAUCUCGACCCCCGAUGAAGAUAUGUUCUUGAUUCUCUUUCCUGGUUUAGCGGUGGAUCGAUUAGAGCAUGUUCUUGCCAAAAUAUUCUGGAAAGUUGUGGAUUUGACCAUUUGGCCCGCAUGGAAUCAUCCCAUGCAUGACUCAGUGCAGUUGAAAGUCACGCCAAGCACAGGGACUCUAAUGCUUGUUUUGCAGAAUUUUUCAUUUUGUAUCCAAGGAAUCAGGGGAACAUUCGCAUCUACUCAUGGUACAUCGAAGAAUGACGUUGUUUUUAAGUUCCCCACAUUCGAAGAUCAGUGGAACGAACCAUCUUCGAAACCGACGUUGUUAAUUUGCCGUGGUGCUUGUACCACAUUGGUUAACCGUGCGUCGUAUCGUCGGGUUCGACUCCCAACGAAGACAUAUGUAGACCCGGAAGCUUUUAUACCAUCCAAGCAUGACACUGUAUUGCUCAUUGACCAAUGA